AUUUAUGGAGUCAAAGUUGCCAGCAUUUAAAGAGAGCAACCCUCAGCUCGAGGUGGUUACUGAACAUAUUCGAGGACAGCAUCCACAUUUGAAGGCCAUUUACAGGAACCAUAACGAGCGGGUGGUAUGUGUGAAGAAUUUGACUCCGGAAGAGAUACUUCUGCAAGCAACCAGGCUAAGGAAUGCAUUGGGAAGAAAAGUGAUAAAACUGAAGACAAGACAUGUAACCAAGCAUCCAAGUGUUCAAGGUACAUGGACGACUGACAAGAAAUUUUGAGCGACAAGAAAAUUAAAUCCAUUAAAAGCUGUUUAGUUCAUCUUUUUCUUUGUUUUAUUCCUGUGGAAGAUACUCUCCUAAGUGAAUCUGCUAACUUGGUCAUAUUCUAUGAUUCAAUACCUUUCGAAGAUGUUUCUUUCCAGACUUGAUCGCCUAUUUAUCGCUUUGAAAAAGCAGAACAUGUGUUUUGUUAUUUUCUACUGUGAUAAAUUAUCUGCACGGUCACAUGAAGCCAAAUGAACAACUUGAGAUUUACUUUGAUGAAUACUAUGUGGUUCUGUAGAUUCCCACCUGGAAAAAUGUAGUUUAUAGUUACA